CUCACUUCCGCUGGGGCCAGGGGCAGCGGGCGGCGCGGCGGGCCGGGAACGCGGCGGCACCAUGACGGACUCCAAGUAUUUCACCACCACCAAGAAGGGGGAGAUCUUUGAGCUGAAGGCAGAGCUGAACAGUGACAAGAAGGAGAAGAAGAAGGAGGCGGUGAAGAAGGUGAUCGCCUCCAUGACUGUUGGCAAGGACGUCAGCGCUCUCUUCCCGGAUGUGGUGAACUGCAUGCAGACGGACAACCUGGAGCUGAAGAAGCUGGUCUACCUCUACCUGAUGAACUACGCCAAGAGCCAGCCUGACAUGGCCAUCAUGGCUGUCAACACCUUUGUGAAGGACUGUGAGGACCCCAACCCACUGAUCCGUGCCCUGGCCGUGCGGACCAUGGGCUGCAUCCGUGUGGACAAGAUAACAGAGUACCUCUGUGAGCCCCUGCGCAAGUGCCUGAAGGAUGAGGACCCGUAUGUGCGCAAAACGGCGGCCGUCUGCGUGGCCAAGCUCCAUGACAUCAACGCCCAGCUGGUGGAGGACCAGGGCUUCCUGGACACCCUCAAGGACCUCAUCUCGGACUCCAAUCCCAUGGUGGUGGCUAACGCAGUAGCAGCGCUGUCGGAGAUCGCCGAGUCGCACCCGAGCAGUAACCUGCUGGACCUCAACCCCCAGUCCAUCAACAAGCUGCUCACAGCCCUGAACGAGUGCACCGAGUGGGGGCAGAUCUUCAUCCUGGACUGCCUGGCCAACUACAUGCCCAAAGAUGACCGGGAGGCCCAGAGCAUCUGUGAGCGGGUGACACCCCGGCUGUCCCACGCCAACUCUGCAGUGGUGCUCUCAGCAGUGAAGGUGCUGAUGAAGUUCAUGGAGAUGCUGUCCAAGGACCUGGAUUACUAUGGGACGCUGCUGAAGAAGCUGGCCCCGCCGCUCGUCACCCUGCUGUCUGCUGAGCCUGAGCUGCAGUACGUGGCUCUGCGCAACAUCAACCUCAUUGUGCAGAAGAGACCUGAAAUCCUGAAGCACGAGAUGAAGGUGUUCUUUGUCAAGUACAAUGACCCCAUCUAUGUCAAGCUGGAGAAGUUGGACAUCAUGAUCCGCCUGGCUUCCCAGGCCAACAUUGCACAGGUCCUGGCUGAGCUGAAGGAAUAUGCCACAGAGGUGGACGUGGACUUUGUGAGGAAGGCAGUCCGAGCCAUCGGCCGCUGUGCCAUCAAGGUGGAGCAAUCAGCAGAGCGCUGUGUCAGCACCCUGCUGGACCUCAUCCAGACCAAGGUCAACUAUGUGGUGCAGGAGGCUAUCGUCGUCAUCAAGGACAUCUUCCGCAAGUACCCCAACAAGUAUGAGAGUGUCAUUGCCACCCUGUGUGAGAACCUGGACUCCCUGGAUGAGCCCGAGGCACGGGCUGCCAUGAUCUGGAUCGUGGGCGAGUACGCCGAGCGCAUCGACAACGCUGAUGAGCUGCUGGAGAGCUUCCUGGAGGGCUUCCACGAUGAGAGCACCCAGGUCCAGCUGCAGCUGCUGACGGCCAUCGUGAAGCUUUUCCUGAAGAAGCCCACCGAGACCCAGGAGCUGGUGCAGCAGGUGCUGAGCCUGGCCACUCAGGACUCUGACAACCCUGACCUGCGGGACCGUGGCUACAUCUACUGGCGCCUGCUGUCCACUGAUCCUGUGGCUGCCAAGGAGGUGGUGCUGGCAGAGAAGCCACUUAUUUCUGAAGAGACAGACCUGAUUGAGCCCACGCUGCUGGAUGAGCUCAUCUGCUACAUUGGGACGUUGGCCUCUGUCUAUCACAAGCCGCCCAGCGCCUUCGUGGAGGGGAGCAGAGGGGUUGUGCACAAGAGCUUGCCCCCACGAACGGGCUCGAGUGAGAGUGCCGAGAGCCCCGAGGCAGCCCCCUCAGCUGGGCAGGCAGCGGAGCAGCCGGCCGUCAUCCCCGCACAGGGCGACCUGCUGGGUGACCUGCUGAACCUGGACCUGGGACCCCCAGUCAGUGGGCCUCCCCUGGCCGCCUCCUCCGUGCAGAUGGGAGCUGUGGACCUCCUGGGAGGAGGCCUGGAUAGUCUGAUGGGGGACGAGUCGGAAGGGCUGCGCAGCGAUGUGGGAGGCAGUCCUGCUAUGGGUGGCAGUGGCUUCACAGCGCCCGGCCCCGCAGCACCAGCUGGUAUGGGAGCACCUCUUGGCAGUGGCCUGGGGGACCUCUUCGACCUCACCGGGGGAGUGGGCACUCUGUCGGGGUCCUACGUGGCACCCAAGACGGUUUGGCUCCCUGCCAUGAAAGCCAAGGGGCUGGAGAUCUCUGGCACCUUCAGCCGGCAGGUGGGCGCCAUCUCUAUGGACCUGGUGUUGACCAACAAGGCCCUGCAGGUCAUGUCUGACUUUGCAAUCCAGUUCAACCGCAACAGCUUUGGCCUGGCCCCAGCUGCCCCUCUCCAGGUGCACGCACCCCUUGCCCCCAACCAGUCGGUGGAGAUCUCCCUCCCACUGAACACAGUGGGCUCUGUCAUGAAGAUGGAUCCCCUCAACAACCUGCAGGUUGCGGUGAAGAACAACAUUGAUGUCUUCUACUUCAGCACCCUCUACCCUCUGCACAUCCUCUUCGUGGAGGAUGGGAAGAUGGAGCGGCAGAUGUUCCUUGCCACCUGGAAGGACAUUCCCAAUGAAAACGAGGCCCAGUUCCAGAUCAAGGACUGUUCCCUCAAUGCAGAUGCUGUCAGCAACAAGCUCCAAGGCAGCAACAUCUUCACCAUCGCCAAGAGGAACGUGGAGGGCCAGGACAUGCUCUACCAGUCUCUGAAGCUCACCAAUGGCAUCUGGGUGUUGGCGGAGCUCCGCAUCCAGCCCAGCAACCCCAGUUUCACGCUGUCACUAAAAUGCCGGGCUCCCGAGGUCUCCCAGUAUGUGUACCAGGCCUACGAUGCCAUCCUGAAGAACUGAUGGUGGGGCAGGAGCUGCCUGCAUGUUCCCUCUCUUUCUACCCUGAGCACGGAGCCGUCGCUUCCCAGGAGGGUGGAGGAGGAGGAUGGGGGUGUCCCAGCCCCCUGCCCCACAUUCCAGCCCCUAGGUGAACUGUGCCCUGUCCUCCCUGUUGGCUGUUCCUGGAGGGAGCCCAGCUGUGCCCUCUGUUCCCUCCCCAGCUCUGCUUCCUUCUGUCCCCCCCCCCUGGGGGGAUCUGGAUCCAACACUUCUUGUGCUGGGGGUCCCCUCCCUGGGCUGGCUCAGAGCCUGAUAGGGGCUGGUUGGGGGCCUGAGAGCUUGGGGUGGGUCAUGAUGAAGGUCUCCCCACGUGGGUGGUGCUCCUGAUGCUCUCAAGACCUCAAAUUCAAUUCUUUACCCAUGUGUGCUGUACAAAAAGGGCUUUUUCCCUCCCCUGCAGGGCUCCCUGUGGUUGCAGGGGGGUACCAGCACGGACCCCAAGGCCCCAGAGCAGCUCCCUCCUGUCCCCCUUCUUACUUGGAGGGGCCCUUUCCCCUGUCCUGGUGGUGACAUACAUUGUCCACCCUGCCCCAAAAUAAAGCCAUCCAUCACUCCUCAAUAGAAACGUCCGGUUCAGGUUUUCAGACCCUGUCGUGAAAUACCUUAUAAAUAUAUAAAAUAUAAAUAUAUUCUAUGUUCACUUGUUUUAAGCCAGCCUGGAAUAAAGGUGACAUUCGCCCACA